GUGGCUGCCAUGUCCAACUUGAGACUUUCUCCAGCCAUCGACCGGCCAGACUCACGCGUGAGUCUUGCGCGGUCAGAUACGACGUACCAUAGCUUCCAAGACGUCGAACUGUUCGAGCCCGGCGUUCCAUCCCAGCCCGCCCAGAAACCCACAGGUUGCCCACCACCGGCGUCUCCAUCGUCAAAGGCUGGACGCGGGUUGGACCGCGGGGAAAUGCGGAGGCAAGACUCGGGUUAUGAGUCGAUAGCACCGCGGGACUCUUUUUCGUCCCGUCACUGGAGCUCAUCCUCGACUUCCCUCCCAUCAUACACACGCCAGCGGCGCACAAGGCCGUCCACCCAACGGUCCCCAAAGUCCGGGCCCAUAUCACGCCGUCCCCAGCACGGCCGCCACUCAGUAUCACCGCCAGGUACCUCCCGGUCUCCGCGGCAACCGCAGCAGCCCGUGGCGUAUUUCCACUUCCCCCAUUUCACCUCGUCCGACCCUGCUCUGGUCGAAUCCUCAAUGGCCGUCGAACUGCUGCAGAACUCCCUGGAUCACGCCCUCCGGUCACAGACUCCCACCCCGCCCCUGCCGCCGCAAACGACGCACUAUUGGACAAGCGACCGGACGCGGAGGCUCGAGUACGCCGCCAUCGACGCAGCUAGCAAAGGGGUCCGGGGCUGGGUCAUGCGCCAUGUGGUGCCGGACUGCUUCGUCCCCGAGAACAAGAGGCGGAUUGGAUUCGAGGACGACCGGGGCAGUGUCCUCCGUCACCGGUUGGAGCUCGACACGGACGACAGCGCUGAGAAGGCCGAGUCGGCAUUGAGGACGAGGGGGUGGAGAGGGUGGUUUAUUGGCAUGCGCCGCCGUUGCUGA